AUGUGGCGCCGAGGUGGAUUGGGGGAGUCCCCCGCGCUAACGCCGCGGCCGGGCGCUUCGCCCGGCCUUCUGCGACGCCGAUACUCGGUACCCGAGACUGUCAUGCGCAAGUAUCGCCUAGCGCAACUAAACAGUGAAGAUGCCAGUCGUACCUCUGCGGAAACUUGUUCGUGCUGCGCACUACCAGAGCCCGCUCCACGCCUUUUGCGACGCGAUCGAGAGCUCAUGCGCCGCUCAGCCCUGCUGCGACGGUUGCAUGGCCGCGCCUGCCGCGCCUGUUGUUGCGGCGGUUGCGAGUGCUCAAGAGCUACGCGCUCCUUAGAUGCCUCGCAGUCUGAACUGCGUCCGUCUUCCAUUGCACGACGUUCCCCUGCUUCGGGGCGCACAUCCCCUAAGCGUUUGCGUUUAGAAUCCCCCACCCCUCAGGAAAGAAGUAGCCUCAGCAUGGACUCGCCUAAUAAUGAACAAACACAAAGUCGCAGAGCAUCUGUGCCUACUCUUGCUGAUAGUCUACUUAGUGCCGAUAGUGACAUAGACUUUAGAAUAAGUCGUGGUACCCCUGAGACCGAAGAAAAGAAGCAACAACUAAAGGUAAAUUCUACUGGUGACCAAAAGGCAAAAGAUAUGAGAAGCGCGGGAACUUCCCCUAUGUCCAGUAAUAAUGUAAAUAAUAGUGCUUUAAAGCAAAGAAGUGAGAAGGCCAUAUCGUCGCCUUUGCAGAGAUCUGCUGCCACAAGUCCAAUUAGAAAUUUUACAAUGUCAACGCAAACACCAUUACCACGAAGAAAAAGUAUAUCUAAUCAGCUGCAUCAAUCGCAACAACAGCAGCACCAGAGGAAUAAAAUUCAACAGACGGGUACCCCACCACGCACCCAGCAGCAAGCGCACGAGCUACCAAGGACUCAGCAGCUGCAACAGAAGCAGCCACGAUUAAUGAGACACCGUGUCGCGCCAGAACUCGCCCCACGCCAGCACCUUGUCGAAGGUGGGGGGAUUCGGUUGAGAGACACUUUCACCCGGCGGCGGUCCGUAAGCUCGCAGCGAGAAGCCGAGAGGCUGCCGAGGUGCGGUAACGGACACGGGGAGAGGCUGGCGGCAGUGAGGGUGGGCGCGGAGAGUGGCGCGGCCGGUGGCGCCUCGGGCAGCUCCAGUUCCAGUGAGUCUGGCGGAAGUCUGCUAUGCCCGCUGGCGCCGGCGUGGCUGCAGGCGCGCAGACGCCGCCGCCGCGCCAAUGCCGCAGGCGCAGGUCGGUGGGCGGUGACGGUGGCCGGCUCUUGCGCCGCCGCCCUGCCAGCGGACGUCGAGAUGCGGCUUCGGUUCCCCGGGGCGCAGCAGCAGCCGCGCGCCACCGCCACUCACGCCGCCCACGCCGCCCACGCAACCCACGCCACCCACGCAGCCUACGCGGCCCACACCGCCCACGCCGCCCAGCCGGCGCCCCGGCAUGGCGAACCCCCGUCACCGCCGUCCUCGCGUCGCGCACAAUACUUGGCUGGACUACUUCAUGACCAAGUACGAAGUGUCAAUCAUAUCGGGGGCACGCUCCCCAAGGGGAAAGCCGUAUGCAAAUGGAAGAACAGUUUCAUUAAGGAGACCUGGGGAAGUGGUGACGUCAACUUGGGAGUCACCAACGAGGACAUAAAUGAGGACGAACAAAGCUGUGCGUUUAACGGAGUGAAUGAUAAUUGGGACGAGUACAUCGAC